ACUGACGGCAGCCGCUGCUUUUGAAGAAACCCAUGACCUAGUUUGGAUCCACGUCAGAAAGAAAUUUAGAGAUAGCGCCAUUAUUGGACAGUACUUCCUUCCUGCACCUCACCUGUUGGGAAAGCAGCCAUUCCGCAGGUAGGCAGCAGUUUGUCACCACGGAACAAACUUCACGCGUAGGCGUCUGUUUACCGUAAAUCUGGCGUGCAGUUUUACCUGUGACUCACAAUACCGACGUUUAGUUUGACGCCAGAUGAGACGGGAUAAACAACCGUGCUACGGAACCCUGAAUAACUACUACGAGUUUGUAAACGUUAUACGAUCUAACGUCACUGGUUUAGCUUGCGUCGGUCCAGUAUGUCAGGGGUGACAGCCAGUACAACAAGCUACCUGUGGUCUUUACAGGAUGUCCUCGGGCAAGGGGCUACUGCCAGUGUAUACAAAGCACGCAACAAGAGGUCAGGUGAGCUGGUAGCGGUCAAGGUGUUUAACUUCAUGAGCUACAGCCGCCCUCGUGAAGUCCAGAUGAGAGAGUUUGAGAUGCUGAGGAAACUCAACAACAGCAAUAUUGUCAAGCUGCAUACCGUGGAAGAGCUGCCCUCUAAGCAGAAGGUGCUGGUGAUGGAGUAUUGUUCAGGAGGAAGUCUGCUCAGCCUGCUGGAGGAGCCAGAAAACGCCUUUGGCCUGCCUGAAACAGAAUUCCUCACUGUGUUACAGUGUGUAGUGCAGGGGAUGAACCACCUGCGUGAAAACGGAGUGGUACACCGGGACAUUAAGCCAGGCAACAUCAUGCGGCAAGUCGGGGAGGACGGCAGGUCUGUUUAUAAACUGACGGACUUUGGAGCAGCAAGAGAGCUGGAGGAUGAUGAGAAGUUUGUUUCUAUCUAUGGAACAGAAGAGUAUCUGCAUCCAGACAUGUAUGAACGUGCUGUGCUGCGCAAGGCUCAUCAGAAGUCCUAUGGAGUGAGUGUUGACUUGUGGAGUAUUGGUGUGACAUUUUACCAUGCUGCCACUGGGAGUCUUCCCUUCACACCGUAUGAAGGACCCCGUAGGAACAAGCCCAUAAUGUUCAAAAUAACUACAGAGAAACCUGUGGGUGCAAUAGCUGGAGUACAGCGAGUGGAGGGUGGACCUAUAGAGUGGAGCUACCACCUACCUCACAGCUGCCAACUGUCACAGGGCCUGAGGGUGCAGCUAGUCCCAGUGUUAGCAGGUAUACUGGAGGCUGACCAGGAGAGGUGUUGGGGUUUUGACCAGUUCUUCACAGCCACCACAGAUGUAUUGCAGCGGCAGCCAGUUCACCUCUUCUCUCUGCAGCAGGCCAUGGCGCACAGUAUCUACAUACACCACUACAACACAGUGUCGGUGUUCUUUGAGGAGGUGGCGUCUCAGACUGGUAUAGGGGUUCAGCAGCAACAUCUGCUCUACUUGGGGCAUGACCUCCCUCUGGAGGGCAACAUGAAGGUGGUUAACCUCCCGCGUACUUCACCUGAACGGCCCCUCAUUCUGCUCAGCUACAGGCCUGAAGCGAACACCAGCUUGCCCUUUAGAGAACCGGAGACUCCUGUCAUCCCAUCAAGGUUUGACAUCAUGGCAGACUACAAUUUCUCCAAGCUAAUAGUAGGAGUGGUCCACCAGUAUCUGAGGAUAGUACAGUUGCUGCACACACACAGAGAGCUGCUACUGCAAGGAUACUACAGCUACAUGAUGUCGCUGCGCAGGGAGUGUGGAGAAGCCAAUCACAGUAUUGCCAUGAUCACCAUUAGACUGCAGUCUUGCCUCAACUUAGAACACAGAGUUCACACGCUUGGCUAUCACACUCCAGAAAACCAAGGCUCAGAUGAUAAUAGUCAAAAGCUUCAGCUGGUCCAUGAGCACCUGCCUAUAUACGCUGCAGGCAUCCAAGAGUUUCAGAACCGACUGGACCACCUGCAGAUAGAACAGGCCAAGCUAGCAGAGACCCUGGCCAAUGACAAGAGCUGUCAGAAGAUGGAGACGCUGCUCCAGAAGAUAACAGCAAUUCAUCAGCAUUAUCGUAAAGACAGACUUACUGCCAAGUUGGCAUAUAAUGAUGAACAAAUCCACAAGUUUGAGAAAAUCCACCUGUCGUCCCACAUUAAGCGAGUGAAAUCUCUCUUCAGAGAGGAGUCCGCGCAGAGAUACAAAGAGCUUUUGGCCUCAACAAGGACAUGGAGCAGUGUUUUACUGGAGAUGCAGACGCGACUGCAGGACUUCAGCUCUUUCUCAACAGGCUUGUUGGCCGACCUGGAGAUGAGUGAGCAGCGCCAGAAUAAGGCUCUGGACAGAACCCUUAUCACGCUGCAGUCCAAAAAACCAGGACGGCAGCAGCCUGGAAUCACACCCAGGGACAACGGCCAGAUGGUCUCCAGGAUGCACCAUCUGAAGGAGGAAAUGGAGAUUUUGGUGAGGGAACUACAGUGUAACAACACCAUUAUAGAGAGUUUGGGAGCAGUGAACCCUGCUGCAGCUCUGGAGCCAAGCUUGGCCAGACCUUCUACACUGUGACAGUGCAGAAAGUGCAGCAUCUUUGCAUGUAAACUCACAAAUUCACCUUCACCCUCUCUCUGACAAACACCUCAUUUUAACUGCCUUCAAUGAACCGUUACGGACAAUGUACUGGGUCUUCUUUCAGUUGGUUUUAUAUGAAGAGGAAGUGACUGAAGUCGAUCAAUAAACCAUGAACCUCAAUUUAAAGAUAAGAUGCUUGGACUGGAUAUAGAGGAAAUGCUGAUGAUGGAUUUUUGAGUGUAUGUGUGUGUAUGCGCGUGUGCGUGUGGAGUUGGCAACUCAGUAAAGCAGUUCAAUACAAACCUCAUUAAUGCCUUUAGUGUUAUUGUAUUUCUAAUAGGCUGCCACAGUGAUGGACUGUCAAGAUAAAGAAAAAUGAAUGCCAUGUCAACUUUUAGAGUGUUUUUCAAAAGCUGUGUGUCCCAGAGAAGAAGCACUGAGGAAUCUGGAGAACCUUAAAUUAAAAAUUUAACCUCA